CCGGAAAGUCGAGUAUCCUUCUUCAAAUGAAGUAGUUUUCAUAGAUCCAUUCAUUGAAAUGGGUGCUUCGGGUUGGAUCCUGACGUAUACUCCAAGUAUUGCGAGACGAUUUGAGACGCUGUCUCAACAU